AGGGAGACAGUUAGUGGCUGUUGUGCCCAGUUUUUCGAUUCAUGAAUGACGACACGCAGCGGUGACUCAAAAUAUUGCCGGACUGGAUGGAGAUAAGUGUGAUAGGGAUAAAAAAUGUGUGAGACUUCCCAUCCGGAGCAAAAGAGAAUCGUUUCUAUGAAGACUCUGACUGAUUAACUAGCUCCCUUUUCCUCUAUAAUCUGACUUCUUUGCGCCGAUUUUUUCCGUCGAUAAACACAAACCGUUUGUGAAACGAUUUUGAUCAAGCAAGUUGACGAAGAGCUACAAACACCGACAGCCUGAACAUGGAGUCCACAGUUGAAAAUGGGUCUAACUAUACUGAUAAUCUGGGAGCUGCCGGGACGGGAUUAGAUUCCACUCAGAUCAUUGGGGCUGCCGCAGGGCUUGCGGGGAUCCUGGGCAACGGCUUGGUCUGCUUCGUUAUGCUCAGGUAUAGGUCAGCUUUCGGCUCCAUCACCGAUAAGCUCCUGUUCCACCAGUCCCUCGUGGACUUCUCACUGUCCACAGUGAUGAUGAUAACCCGGCUUUACACCCCCUGGGGUGAGUUCUUCUGCCGUGUUCCACGUGGCUGGUUGUACUGGGGACUGGCCAACGUCUCCACCGCUAGCCUGAUGCUCAUCUGCUGUGACCGGUACGUGGCAGUCUGCUACCCAGUCAAAUACCGUCAGUGGUUCUCCAUCAAGCGCGUGAAGAUCGGCCUGGUCUUCGUGUGGUCGCUACCGGUUCUCUGGCAGUCAUAUCUGGUCUUCGUCCACCUGCCUGAAGGCGCCUCUUGUGUAGCGACCUGGCCCAACGAUACAGCCAGACUCAGCUUCGGUGUGGCCACAUUUUGCUGGGAGUACGUCUUUCCUCUCUCGCUGAUCAUCAUCACCUACAGCCAGACAAUCCUGGCUCUUCGUAGGCGCCUGCGGGUGAAGGCAAACCAAGUAGCCAACAAGCCGUCGGCCGGCCACCGUAACACUGCCAACAAGGUGAAAGAUCCCCUGCACACAGCCAAGGUAAAGCUGACCAUAACCUUCCUAGUCGCUGCCAUCUUCUUUGUCAUCUGUUGGGGCCCCACGGAGUUCACCUGGCUCCUGUUCAAUUUCGGGGUUGUGCCAAGGUCCUACUACGCCUCCCUGUGGCACCUGGGUGUGGAGACGCCCCUCUUGUGUAUCAACACCUGCGUAAAUCCUUUCAUCUACUGUGUAACUUACACCCGUUUUCGCCGGCACCUGAUCAAUGCUUUUUGUAGCAGAUGCAAAUCCAAUAAAGUCGGUAAUGCAUUAGCCGAGGACAUUACGGACAACAGCUCGGACCCUCUCCAGUCAACUACGAGGGGAAGAGGGCAAGCAACUGCAAUCCAGGUGAACACCUAAAGAGAAGUCUUGUCCGAUAGGCUACAAUUCGUCUUGAGUUCUUGAGUGAACUACUAGAAUCAUGGAAGUAGAACUUAUACUGUCAUUGACUACAUUGGUGCAUGGGCAUGUAUUGGCGAUUCUGCUGGGGAUCGGUGAACUUGCCAACGCUACUAUACGUCAAUGACAGUGAUAGCAAACAUUGAAACACUUAUUGAUGCAAUGAGAUAGGUUAAGCUGGCAUGCAGAUUUGUUAUGUCGUUGGAACAAGCACUAAGCAAUUACGAUUAUCUUGACACACUAAAACGCUAUUUUAAACUUAAGUUGUCCAUUAAGUUGUUUGGUCUAUUUCUCAGUGUUAUUUAAAAGACCACUAUAUUAAUUAACUGUGAACUUCAUUCCAAAUGGCAAUGUUUAAUGACACCUAAUUUUCGUUUUCGACGUCACUGUGAUAUCUUCUUAUUUUUAUAAAAGUUAUGACAUACAGGCAUUUCUUGAAACCAUCCAUCGUCUCAAAACAUCAAUAAUGUAAUUAGGCCUAAAGUAAAGGGACACACAUUGAAGCACUUACAUAUAUAUAUACAGUCGACAGCCACAAAUAGCGUUCCUCUUUCGACCAACACGAUGUUCUGAUUUGCCAACUCGCACCUCAUGUUCAAGAGAUUUUUGAAAGCUCAGCAUGGCCUCGAUCUCAGAUGAGAUCAUGACGCCGGCCAAUGCUCAGUCGGUGGUGAAGGCUAAGGAUGCGCAUAAUCAGUAACUUGACAAGUGGGGGGUGAUUAUUUUGGUGAACCCCCCCCCCCAAAUAUAAGUGGCCAAUUCCCCCAAUUCCCUGGGAUCUCCGCCCAUAAAUGUAAGGAAAGUGAGACUACAGGAGUGAAAUGUUGAAUGGUAUUAUUUAACUUGUACAAGUAAAUAUCAAAUGAUUUGAAAGUAUAAGGUCAAAGAAGUCGCCAACGAGAAGCUAUUUAAGUACUGAAGAAACAAAGACCCCAGUUAUAUAAAUUAGUUUUCCACAAUAUCGAAGUUUUUGAGGAUUUGAUGUUUAAAGUUUAUAUAGCCUUGGUUGUUCGACAGUUUUCACAAUGUUUGUUUGCGUGGCCUGUAGCUGAACUGCUCAGACUCGUUUAAAUGUACAGAAACACACAGGGUUUUUAAAGUUUUCAUGGGAUUGUUUCUGUUAUGGGGUAAAGUUGGCAAUAUUACCAUAUUACCUAAAAAACCUUCGAUAGAGUAAAUCAUAUAAUUAUUUUUUAAAAGACUCAAUACGGGUAUAACAAUCAAUUCGAGAGUUUAUUUUCGUUCGCAAGUUUUCUAAUCCAUGCGCUUCAUCCCAAUUGAAUCAAACUGGGGUACCGUUUUUCGAUACAUGCAUUCGGUCACUUUUUGUCAUACAAAUUUGACGUUUGGCAUUUUUUUUUCGUGAACAGGCACUCAGAAAGGCGUUUUUAUCGUCUCUAGUUAAGUUUUUACCAUAUGUUUCAAAAUGGAAUGAUCACAAUCAUGGUGAUUAAAGCACACGGGGUCGGUGGCUUUUUUCGCUGAGGUGCACUCUUCCGCUGGCUUUCAGCCGAGGAUACCUCAAAAAUGCCAACAGUGUAUGUUACCGUAUAACGUGUGCUCUGAUAUUCUGG